AGUCAUGUAAUGCUUACAUGACUGCAAGAUAGAAAAAUAGCUUAAUUUGACACAUUUUGUUAUGUUAUGGAUUAAAUUCAUUUCUUUCCUCAACAUUCUACAAACAAUACCCCAUAAUGGGAAUGCUUACAAUGGUCGCAAACAGGGGCGGACUGAUCAUUUGGAAACUCAGGCAGUGCCCGAGGGUCCGGGGUCAGUAGGGGGCCCCAUGAGAUGCCCCUGGUACCUUUUGCAUAGGCUUUUUUGAGUUUGGGCAAGGACACAGGGGCCCCAUGAUCCCCUAUUGCCCAGGAGCCCCAU